AUGCAUACUGCCACAGUCGGACAGGAUGGUGUCCCCACCUAUUGGGGAACCAGUGGAAGAGGGCUGCAGAUGAUGAUCACUGCAGUCGCGACGACUGACUUCUUGCUGUUCGGUUACGAUCAGGGUGUCAUGUCUGGUAUCAUCUCUGCGGAAGCGUUCACCCACGACUUUCCUGAAGUCGAGGGCAACAGCACCUACGAGGGUUUCGUUACUGCUAUCUACGCUGUCGGCUGCUUCCUUGGCGCCUGCUUCAUCCUGUCCUUUGGCGAUCAUCUCGGACGACGAAAGUCAAUCUUCCUUGGCGCGACAAUUAUGAUCAUCGGUGUCAUCAUCCAAAUCUCUACUGUCCCAGUUGGCAGCGGCGCUACAGCACAGUUCAUCAUAGGGAGAUGCAUCACUGGAGUGGGCAACGGCAUCAACACAUCAACUGUACCUACCUAUCAAGCAGAGUGCAGCAAAUCGCACAAUCGUGGCAAGCUCAUCUGCAUUGAGGGAGGUAACGUUGCUAUUGGAACGUUGAUCGCGUACUGGAUCGACUAUGGCUGUAUCUACGGACCUCACGCCUUCGUCUGGCGCUUCCCGAUCGCGUUCCAAUGCGUGUUCGCCAUCAUCGUGCUUGUGUUGAUGCUGCGACUACCAGAGAGCCCCCGUUGGCUCCUUACCAAAGACCGCCACGAAGAUGCCCAAGUCGUGCUCGCCAGCUUGGCCGGAAAGCCAACACAAGACGCAGAGGUCCAACUCCAGCUAAACGUCAUCGUCGACUCGAUUAGAGCCUCCGGCCACAAGGGCGGUGUCACUCCAGUAUCAGCACUCGUCACUGGCGGCAAGACCCAGCACUUGCGCCGCAUGUUGUUGGGAGCUUCUUCACAGAUGAUGCAACAGCUCGGCGGUUGCAACGCUGUCAUCUACUACUUUCCUAUUCUCUUCCAGUCCUCCAUCGGUGUAACUCACAACAUGGCCCUCCUGCUCGGCGGCAUCAACAUGGUCGUCUACUCCAUCUUCGCCACAACCUCCUGGUUCCUCGUCGAGCGCGUAGGUCGCCGCAAGCUUUACCUCUACGGCACAGUCGGACAAUGCUUGUCCAUGGUCCUCACCUUCGGCGCUCUCAUUCCUGGCACUGAGUCCGCAGCUAAGGGUGCCGCUGUUGGUCUCUUCACGUACAUCGGUUUCUUCGGCGCUACGUGGCUUCCGCUGCCAUGGUUGUACCCCGCUGAGAUCAACCCACUCAAGACGAGAGCCAAGGCGAACGCAUUCUCGACUGUGAACAACUGGCUAUGGAACUUCUUCAUCGUCAUGAUCACCCCAGUCCUCAUCGACAGCAUCGGCUGGGGCACAUACCUCUUCUUCGCCGUCCUGAACGCAAUCUUCUUCCCAAUCAUCUACUUCCUCUACCCGGAAACCGCGCAGAGAAGCUUGGAAGAAAUCGACCUGAUCUUCGCGAAGGGAUACACUGAGAAGAUGUCUUAUGUUCGCGCCGCAAAAGAAUUGCCACGUCUUACGGAACAGGAGAUCGACGCCCGUGCCCGCGAAUAUGGAUUCGGAUCGAGUGAUGAUGAAGAGGUGGAUGGUGCGAUUAAGGAGGGACAGUUCAGGAGCAAUGAGAAGGAACAUGAUUCGGAGGAGGAGAUUAGGGAGUAA